AUGUUGAUGAAUUCACUUGAAACGCUCCACUGCCAACGCAAUAAGCCAUUAUACGUGUUUCCCUAUUCUGAGAAAAUGACAAGAAAUUCGUUGAUAGAGAUUUCCAAAGCGGUACACAUGUCGGAGGCCACGUGGUUGCUGUUUCUGGAAACAGAACUUCUAGACGAAUUGUUUCUUGGUAUUGACAUUCCUUUCGACUGCGAAUUCCUCGUCGUUCAGAGGGCAGGAAACAACGUCGUGGUCCUCACCGAAGUGUACCGAGUUAAAGCCACAUACCCACUGCAGACAUAUCCUUUCGGAACGUGGACUCCACGUGGCGGCCUCUCCCGCCCGAACUUAAGCUUUUAUCAGAGGAGGGACAACCUUCACGGACUUGUUCUGAGGACAGCUUUUCUGAAGCCACGAAGCAAUGCUGAUUUGCAAGAACUGAAAGGUCCUUCUGGUUUUCUCGGAGAAUUAUGGCAUCUUCUGGAAAAAGAGAUGAACUUCACCACUGAAUAUCAUUUCCCCACGGAUGAGAACGCCGGAGGGGAAAGAGCGCCCAACGGCACUUGGACCGGAGUUUUUGGGCUGUUCCAGAGGAGAGAAGCGGAAGUGAGCAAUGUGGUAUUCUCCAUGACAGCCAGGAGGUUGGAUGUAGUGGAUUUCUCGGUUCCAGUACUGCAAGUGAGAUUUCAAACGAUAAUUAAGACACCUAGCACCUAUGACUUCAAAUGGAAUAUGUUUCAAUCAUUUUCUCUGAGACUUUGGGUUGCUGUAAGUGUCACUAUGGCACUACUUGCUGUCAGCCUUGCAUCGAUAAACCUAUUGCAUCUUCGUCAUGGGCUUCGAGUUGAGGGGGAUUACAGUCUCAUGAAAGCCACGCUAAUUGUCAUUGGUGCAUUCUGCCAGACAGCCGACAGCGUCUCUCCCAGAACAAGUUCAAUGCGUCUGACGUUCGUGGCGAUGUAUGUCACAUCCUACCUAUUGCUCUCUUACUACUCUGCAGCUUUCAUCACUGACCUGACUUUGCAAGAUCCUGUGCUGCCCUUUACCAGUUUCGAAGAACUCCUAGAGGAUGGGUCGUAUAAGCUGGGGAUGGUUAGAAAUUCUUCGACAAUGGAUUACUUCAAAAAAUCCGGAGUGAAACUUCUCCAAAAUAUCUAUGAAAGACUUAUCGCUCCACAUGAGAACACGCUUAGCAACACCGACAUAGAUGGAUUACAGCAACUCUGUUACGAUAAGAAAUAUGCUCACGUGACGACCGAUUACAAUCUGCUAAAGGAAGGAUAUAGGCCAAACUGCAGUGUAUCAAUGAUUCCUCGGGCCUUAUUCCCUGGAUUCAUAGCCAUCGUCAUAGAAAAGAAAAGCCCUUAUCUAGGGCUCUUGAACUACAAGCGUCGUAACAGUUUCAACAUGGCGACAUUAAUGGUGAUCCUCUCAGUAAGUGGAUGUGCAGCCUUCGGUGUAAAUGAUUUAGUUGAUAUUGUGAUAGCUGUUAAACAAUAUUUUCGAUCAGGAUGCAUCUUUCUACUUCAUGACAAAGUGAAUGAAUCAAGCCGAACAACAAGUGUCGUCAGACCUGCAGUGAUCGGACGUUCUGACCACUAA